AUGGUUGUCAGCAAGAACAGCAUGUGGUUCGUCGGUUGUGGGAUGAGUUUGGUCGGAUUUGGCGUCCUCAUGAGCGCGACUUGGUCACUGGUUUUUCAGGAAAAGAUCAAAAAUAUGAUGGUCCUCAGAAAUGGUUCGACGUCUUUUGAGAUCUGGCGAGAUAUACCCAUUCCAAUAUACUUGGAGUGUUUUCUAUUUAACAUCACGAAUGUGGCUGACAUUCUGAUGGGUAAGAAUGUUCCUAUACACGUCGAAGAACAUGGGCCUUACGUGUUCAGAGAAAGAAGUACCAAGGUAAACAUAACAUGGAAUGAUAAUAGUACGGUGACGUUCAGAAAUCAAAGGUUCUGGUACUUUCAACCGGAGAUGUCAAACGGGAGUCUCUCUGAUCUUAUAACUAGUAUAAAUCCUAUUAUAGCUACAAUCGCUUAUACAGUUCGUAAUGAGCCGUUGAUGCUGAAGUUCAUUAUUGACGUUACUUUGAGAAUGUACCAUCGAAAUAUGUUCGUGACUGCGAACGCUUCAUCAUGGCUGUUCGACGGAAUCCAGGAUCCCAUCAUGGAUCUGGUCGAAAAUAUGCCCAGCUUACCUUACACUAUACCAUUUGAUAGAUUCGGCUGGUUUUACAAACGUAACGGAUCAGUAGACGCGACUGGACUCUUCCUGGCUCACACUGGAGCAUCAGACUUCACCAAAUUGGGACACACGCUGAAAUGGAACAACUCCAAUAAGACGGUGUUCCGUGGACAAUGCGGAGAAGUCCAGGGUACGACUGGAGAACUGUGGAACUUGGAGAAUAAUGCGCCUGAGAUAAAAAUAUACGCCGCUGAUCUAUGCACGUACAUGAGUCUGGCUUAUUCUGGAGAUGUAAUCAAAAAAGGCCUUCCUGGAAGAGAGUUUACAGCAAAUGACUCUCUGUUUGACAAUGGACACAAAUAUCCACAAACGGCGUGUUACUGUGAUGAAGACAGUGGUAGGGACUGUAUGCCAUCUGGAGCGUUGAACGUGUCAGCCUGUAAGUACGGAGCCCCGGCGUUUGUGACAAGACCACAUUUCUUAGGAAUGGACCCGUAUUACGCUGACAAGAUAAAAGGCUUACAGCCGACACCUAUAAACAACCAGUUACCAGACCCGGACACGUUGGUGCCUAUGUUUUGGUUUCGAGAAGAAAUUGAAGUGAAUGAUGAGUACGCCAACUUUGCGAGGAGCGCCCUGUCAGUUAGAUACGGCGUUCCCUACGGAUUAUAUGUUAUGAUAGCUCUUGGUGCAAGCCUGCUGCUCAGUGGGUUGUAUAAAAUCAGAAGAUAUCCUCUCCGGCAGUUGAGGGAAUGUGACAUCGCAGCUUCCCAAAAGUUUCUCAGCAACAAUAUAAGUCCAACCGUGACAAACUCGACGUGA